UUCAUGCAGCAGCUCGGAGUACUUCCCAGUUGGCAGUUCGGCGAUGUCUUUGGAAUGGACCCUGAACUUCUCAGCUUGGUACCAAGACCCGUCUGCUCGAUUCUUCUGCUCUUCCCCGUCACAGAAAAGUAUGAAACUUUCAAACAAGAGGAGGAAGCGAAGAUCAAAGCUGAAGGGCAGAAAGUCAAUCCCCGUGUGUACUUCAUGAAACAGACCAUCAGUAAUGCCUGCGGGACUAUUGGACUUAUACAUGCGCUGGCAAACAAUCAGGAUAAGUUGGAAUUUGAAAGCGGUUCAGUUAUGAAAAAAUUUUUGGAAGAUUCAGCCAGCUUAACUCCUGAAGAAAAAGCACAAUACCUAGAAAAAGACGAGAGCAUUCGUGUUACACAUGAGUACAGUGCACAGGAAGGGCAAACUGAGGCUCUGGGUAUAGAUGAGAAAGUCGACUUGCAUUUUAUAAGCUUUGUAAAUGUUGAUGGACAUCUGUAUGAACUGGAUGGACGCAAACCAUUCCCUAUAAAUCAUGGAGAUACGACAGUUGAUAGCUUGCUUGAGGAUGCAAUAGAAGUUUGUAAGAAGUUUAUGCAGCGUGACCCUGAUGAGUUACGAUUUACGGUGAUGGCUCUCUACAAGGUGUAAAGUGUUCCAAAGUGCAAGGAAAAGCAAGCCACAAAGCUAAACUUGGAUUGACUUCAAGAGAUGUUGCUCCACUCCAGACCCUUUGAAGCUGUGAUAUUCUGAUUUAACUUGUAGAGUUGAUUUGAUACUCUUUUGGAACAGGUCCAGUGUUUUCCCAGCAGCGUCUCCCCCAAGCCACUAAAAGAAAAUCCGGUAAUGAAGUGUAUAUCGGUGUGUACUUAUUGUCUUGCUGUAACAGCAGUCCUCUGUUGAAGUUAGUCCCAGCCUACAUAUCUAAAGAUGAACUGACAGGAAUAGAACUUCAGUUGGAGGAAAAGGCUGUGUGAUUCUUGUUGUAAUGUUUGCAACAGCUGUACUUAAAUCACUAACUAGAAAAUAAAUGGAUGCCAUGCAAUCACUGGAAUAUUGUGCGAGCACGAGUUUUAAAAAGAUCCUGACACUCCUUGCUUUCAAAAUCUUCAUGCUCCUUACUCAAUAAAUUAACUAUUAUUUGUGUG